AUCGAAGUGUGCGUCGACUCGGUGGCAGCUGCCCAAGCUGCCCAGGCUGGAGGCGCCCAUCGCCUGGAGUUGUGCAGCGCGCUUUCCGAGGGUGGGCUGACCCCCAGCCUGGGCUUGUGUGCGGCAGUCAUGCGUGCAGUCAGCUUGCCGGUGCACGUCAUGAUCCGGUCGCGAGGGGGAGACUUUUGCUACUCGGACGAGGAAAUGGACGUGAUGCUGAUGGAUCUCGCAGCUUUGCGCUCGCUGGGUGUGGCCGGCGCAGUAUUUGGCUGCCUCACCCCGGAGGGCGAGGUGGACUGGGUGCGAUGGCAGGCCUUUGAAAGCGCUUGUACGGGAGCUCACGUGACCUUCCAUCGCGCCAUUGACAUGAGCCGGGAUCCCGUGGCUGUG